AUGAAUAAAUUCAUUUUCAACAACACAGCGUAUGUCAUUCAUCCUAAAUAUGAUUUAUACGCGGGAAGCGCCGAUGGUAUGGUUAUCAACAUUGUGAAGAAGCAGCCAAUGAAGGGUUAUAAAAAUAGUACUGGAUAUAUGAUUUGCAUGGUUAGAGAACACGGACAACCAGGCCAAAGGACGUAUUAUGUCCACCGAUUCGUAUACGAGUGUUUCAAUGGAAUAAUCCUAGAGGGUAAGGCGAUCGAUCAUAUUAACAAUAAAAGGGAUGAUAACAGACUUUGUAAUUUACAACUACUGACACAACAAGAAAACUGCAAGAAAGGCGAUCAUUCUCAGUAA